CACUACCUCCCCUACCAACUCAUCAUAACCUCAGCCGUCGUACAGACGUCACAUUACAUGCUCCUUGUGGCCCUGCUGUCAUUCACAGCGCAGCCAUGAGGAACCCAUUGUCCAAACAACCUGAUGAUGGCUCCCUCCGGGCACCAGCUCAGAGGCAGGGCAGCACUGGGAACGUAGAACCCUCGGCAGCAACUCCUUCAAGCAAUCGCAAGAGUGGCGUGGCAGCAUUGGCUUCUGACACCCGGUCCUUCUUAACCCCAAGCUUCGCCUCAUCAUCGUACAAGUCGCCGAUCCGACCAGCAGCAUCUCCAAGCGCCACCUCGACAAUCUCCACCUCGUCUGCUGCUCGGUCUCCCUCGGCCCAGGGGCUCAAUGGUCAAGAGGGAGCUGCUGCCCGGCUAAGAAGAGUCGCUAGCAACGCAUCUUUUCAAGCUGUCAAGAGUAGUCAUACAGCAUCGACACCUACUCAGAACGAGGCAGAGGAGCGCAAAACAGAGGUUUCGCCUCCUCAUGUCCAAGCGGACGCUACUGCUCCAGAACCGGAACCGCCCGGCAAAGGUGAUGGAGGUUCAAAUUUGGUCGUGCCCGAGAUCGGGACAAAGCGUCCACUGCCGGGCGGACAGCAGCGUCCUUCUCAACCAAGUCGGUCCCCUUCGAGACGCAAGACGUGGUUUGGAUGGACUGCGUCAGAACAGCAGCCCGAUGGGGUCAGCAGCGAGACUCCUGCAGAGCAAUCUGGGCCAGAACCCCGUCCUAGGGAGCCAUCUCAAGUGACUUCGGGCGAGCUUGCACAGGCCGAAACAAGUGGUGACCAAGGCCCUGCACAGCUCUCGCGUUCAUCCAAGCCGACCGCUACUUCAAAAGUCAAUGACGCAGGGGACAGGCAAGCAUCGUGGUCGAUGUGGAGAGCCGCUUCCGCAGAGCCGUUGCGCAAGAAGGAGGUCAAGUCGACAGAGCCCGUGCCUCAGGGCGCAAAGGAGCAGGAAGAGGCUCCACUCAAAGCUCAAGAAAACGAGACCAGUAGUGUCGCACAGGCUGCAGAGAGGCUUGUCUCGCAGGCGGCUCAAUCCGUCACGCCUGGCAAGAAGACUAAUCAAGACGCCACAGGCGCAACCCCGGGAGGCAACGUACCCGCCGGUGAGGCAGCCAAUGCUGCGAACGCCGAAUCCUCCAAAGUACAGCACUCGGGCCUCUGGUCUUAUUGGCCCGGAAGUUGGUCUACUUCAGGUCAGAGUCAGGUGCAGAAGAAGACAGACGCUUCUUCGAAGGACAUUCCAGAGCAGCAGCAGCAGCAGCAACACGACGCAACGCCCAAGAAUAGCUCUAAUAAUCCAAUGGGAACUCGAAUGGACACUGUCACUGAUGAUCGGCAAGAGCAGCCUGUCUCAGAUAUCGGCAAAACUGUCGUCGCUGCUCCGAACGGCUGGACGAGCUGGCUUCCGUACGUUGGUCAACCUUCUGGUAAUGUGGCUGCAGCACCUGUCCAAGAUGACUCUGGAGAAUCUGCAGUGGAGGCAGCCAAACCUCUUAGCCCAGCAGAAGAGGUCAAAAGAGCCGCUUUGGCCAGGCCAGAUCCGUCUCCCCCCGUCGCUUCUUCCUCUUCCCUUGAGCCUUCAUCAGCUGUCCUCAACACGGCCACGCGCAGCAGCUGGCUGGCUUACUUCGCCACUCGUGCAGCUCACCCGGCUUCUCGCAUCACAGGUGGACAACCUGAGGCGAUGGAGGUCGACUUCGAAGAGAUGGAUGUAGAUCCACCUGCAGCCAGCGCUGGUGUAAAGGGUAGUGCUGCCGCUCCCAAAACGAAGAAACCAGCCACAGUACACAGCGGAAAAGCGGCCAGCACGAAAUCCACCCCUGCACCGUCGAUUAGUAAGGCAAAGGCCAAUGGAGCUCCCAAGCCCGAUCCAGCUCCACCGACGGACGAGCCCACCACUCCACUUACAGAAGAUAAGGGCAAAGCCAAGGAGGUUGCUAAGAAGGCCUCAAAGCAGUCUAAGAAGCAGGCCUCUUCCCGGCCGCCACUUCCCAACCUCGUUCUCCCAUCCUUCGAUGACACCUUUCGUACACUUCCUCGCUCGAUUGCACCUCCAGCUGGCGUACUCAAGAGGACCCUGAGCGCUAUGAACGCCUGGCUCUCCAGUUCGCCACCAGAUGCUGCACGUCUGCGCACUGCUCCGAAGGUCGGCAAGAAUAUGCAGAAGGAUGAAGCAGGCCUUGCGCUAGCGGAGCAGGCCGCAGUCAGGCUGCCUCGUACCUGGGACGUGGUCGGUCAGAAGUCUCGAUCAGAGAAGCGCGGAUGCCAGAAUGUCAAUCGAGUAGUGGUCAUUACUUGUCAUGGUUGGUUUGCGCAGUCGAAGUUUUCGAUGCUCAUGGGAAGCCCGACGGGGACCAGUCAAAAAUUUGCUCUGGAGAUGAGAGCAGCAAUCAUGAGACACUUUCAGUCGGUCGACGGGAUGGAGCUCAAUCCCGAGGCAAUCACACUGAUCCCUUUGUCCGCUGACGGCACUGUAGAGGUGCGAACAGAUGCCUCCUUUGCCGCUCUCUUGAGUCGCAAAGAAUGGGUCACCCACCUCGCAGCUGCAGAUGCAAUAUUCGUCGCUUGUCACAGCCAAGGCUGUGUCGUGGGCGCAAAUCUUCUGGCUCGUUUGAUCGAACAAAGCUACAUACAGACCAGGAAGACCCGGAUCGCCUUACUGGCCAUGUGCGGUAUUCACGAAGGACCAUUCCAGCACAUUCAGUCAAUGCUCGUCUCUUCCUACCUCACAUACUUCGAAACCGAAGCUGCCCAAGAAUUAUUCGCAUUCCAGUCUUCCUCAUCGCAAGUCUCAAAGAGGUAUCAGGCGUCUAUGCGCCUCAUUCUAGAAGCAGGGGCAAAAGUCGUGCUCCUCGCUAGCACAGAUGAUCAAGUCGUCCCACUGCAUUCGGCUCUCUUCACCUCCAUCGAUCAUCCAAGCAUACUUCGGGCCCUUUACAUACAUGGCAACACAUUCCCCAAGCUAGACUUCCUCACGAACGUUCUCGCCUUCUGUGUGCGAGUACGGAAUGCCGGCCUAUCUGAUCACCAAUUGCUUGCGCUACUGUCUGUCACGGUUGCUGGCUCCCUUUACGGAGGAGCCGGUCACUCGCUGUGCUAUGACGAGCCCAAAGCUUACGAUCUCGUGGUGCGGUACCUCUUUGAGACCACUCACCCGCUGUCUGAGCCUACAACCCGCUCGGAUGAGUCGCGACCUCCCAAGCUCGACAUUCAAUCCUUCGAAGCACCCUCAGCUCGAAGAGCUCAGCUGAGCAACCCUCAUCUUCUUCCAUGGUCUUUGAGAGGACUUCUCGAAGAUAGAGCGGUCAGAGCGACUUUCAGCGAAGAGAUCCAGAAGCUCCACGACGAUUUUGAAUCGUGGAAGCCCCUGACCAAGACGCUGAAGGACGUACAAUAUCGCCUCGAGCCAAUGAGGAGUAUCGCUCGGCCGAGAAUCCCGCCGCCACCUUCUCCAACCCCUUCCAAUUCCAAGCUGUGAAGGGCAAAGUGAUCGACUUUUUUUGCUAGAGACUCAUCAAUCGCCCCUGUAUCUUUAGACGUCUGUACACAUGCCUUGUCCAUAAUGUUGAUUCUCUCAUGCUUUC